AUGGCGCAGCAGAACAAAAAGCCCCCCGGGCCAGACCAGACCCGCAACGAGUACAUCCCCUCCUUCAUCUCAAAGCGUCCCUUCUGGGCCGAGACCACCCACUCGGACGCCGACUACCUCGAACAUCAACGGCUCCAAUCCGCCCCCAAGGACACUCUCGACAAGGCAAAAUGGUACGACCGGGGCAAGAAGCAAGGGCCCGCGGCCACGAAAUUCCGCAAGGGCGCAUGCGAGAACUGCGGCGCCAUGACACACAAGACCAAAGAAUGUCUCAGCCGGCCGAGGAAGCAGGGCGCGAGGUGGACGGGGAAGGACAUCCAGGCCGACGAGGUGGUCGAGGACGUGCAGUUGGGAUGGGAUGCCAAAAGAGACCGGUGGAACGGGUACGACAGUCGAGAGUACAGCGCCGUCGUCCGAGAAUACGAGGAGCUGGAAGCCAUCAAGCGCGCCGCUGCAGGCCAAAAAGAGGACGGCAGUGGCGGUGACGGAUCCGGCGGUACGCCAGCAGACCUCGAUGACACCCAGUACGGCGAAGAGACAGACAUGGGCCGCUCGCAACCGACCUCGACGCGCCAGCUCCGCCUGCGAGAAGACACGGCAAACUACCUGAAAAACCUCGAUCUCGAAUCCGCCCGCUACGACCCCAAGACGCGGUCCAUGGACAAAUCCGCCGCCCAGGUGGCGGACGGUGAUGCCGACGCAGACGAAGGCUUCGUCCGACCAGCAGCCACGCACGACGACGCCGCGGAAUUCGAGCGGGCCCAACGCUACGCAUGGGAGACGCAGGAGAAGAACAACAACAACAACAACCUGAACACGUCGUCCCCGACGAAGAAACUGCACCUGCAAGCCAACCCGACCGAAGGGGAAAUCCUGCGCAAGAAACAAACCCAAGAAGCGGCAGCGAAGAAGGCCGCCGCCCGGAAAGCCCUGCUAGACAAAUACGGCGGGGACGAAUACCUCUUGACCGAAAGCAGCGACAACCACCACCCCGCAGCCAAGAGAAUCAAACACCACAACGUCGUCGCCAACGAACGGUACGUCGAGUACGACGACUCGGGCCACAUCAAGGGGUCCGAACGCACCGUCGCGCGGUCCAAGUACCCCGAGGACGUCUUCCAGAACAACCACACAUCCGUGUGGGGAUCGUGGUGGAAGGACUUCAAGUGGGGGUACGCGUGCUGCCACUCGACGGUGAAGAACAGCUAUUGCACGGGCGAAGAGGGCCGGCGGGCCUGGGAAGCCAGCGAGGGAAUGAGGACGGGCCAGUCGCUGCAGUUACAGAUUGAGAACGGCAAUGGCGACCUCGACGGCAGUGAUACGAAGAGUGCCACCGCCACCGCCAGAACAGAAGCCGUCCUGGGCGAAGGAGGCCAAAGACUCCGCCUCGAACAAGACGGCGAGGACAUCCAGGAGCGCAAGAAGGGCCUCGACGAAGCCGACACUAUAGGCGCUGCGCAGUCGACAAUAACAUCGCCGCCGCCGGCGGAGCAUAUUGCGAAAAAGAAACGCACCCUCCAAGAACUCCAGUCCGGCAUCUCCGAGGAGGAGCUCGAGUCGUACAAGCGCAAUCGCAUGGCGGCCGAUGAUCCCAUGGCGAAAAUGCUGGGACGGGACGAGUUGAUGGAGAUGAAAUAA